CACAAUAUAUUAUACUGAAUCUCACAAAGUUUGAACAGUAGAUCAUCAUCAGGUUAGCCCCUGGUCAAGAACAUUGACAAUGUUUGCCGCUAUUUUGUUGCUGUCGGUGGGUCUUGUCGCUGCCUCAUCGUUAGAGAAGAGGGCAACGUACGCCACUGGGCUAGUGUCACACGCCUGUCUGGAUUGUAUCUGUAAGCUGGAGUCUGGAGGAUGUCGUCCUAUAGGCUGUAACAUGGAUGAAGGAACGCUCUCGUGUGGAUAUUUUCAAAUCAAAGAACCUUACUGGAUUGACUGCGGACGACCGGGAUCGAGUUGGAAAGCAUGUGCAGACGACCUUCAAUGCGCGUCACAAUGUAUUCAGAAUUACAUGAAACGCUAUGCGUCCCACUACCACUGCCCAAUGACAUGCGAAGGAUACGCAAGAGAGCAUAACGGUGGCCCACAAGGGUGCCACCAUACAGACACACUCCACUACUGGCAUAACGUCAAACGUCAGCCUGGUUGUGGCAGUGUUCAUUAG